AUGUUUCAAAUGAAUACAGUUCCUUGUACCACAGUGGUUAUCAUAAUCUUUUUUAAUGUUUUUACCCGUAUAUGCUAUGCUGCUACUGUAACUGUUAAUAACAUCGUAGAUGUAGUUGAAGGUUCAGAAACAAGAAUAACGUGCAACAUCGGUCGAAGUAUUUCAAGUAGUGUAGCUGAUCCGUUCAUAAUAUGGAGUAAUGUCACCAAUGGUGUAACUGAUACAAUAGCACAAUAUCAGAGUGGACUUGGAUUCGUAAUUCCUUUAUACAGAGAUAGAUUCAGUUUGAAAGACACAAUACUAGUGCUUGCUAACACCAGCCGAAGCGAAAGUGGCACGUAUCAAUAUUUAUACCAGCCCGUUUUAAGUUCCUUCGCUACACCUGUGACUGAAGGUGGCACCGUUGAGAUGUCAUGUUUUGCAGAUGCUAACCCAUCACCUACGUACACAUUUUUAAGGGAUGUUUUUACCUGUAUAUGCUAUGCUGCUACUGUAACUGUUAAUAACAUCGUAGAUGUAGUUGAAGGUUCAGAAACAAGAAUAACGUGCAACAUCGGUCGAAGUCUUUCAAGUAGUGUAACUGAUCCGUUCAUAAUAUGGAGUAAUGUCACCAAUGGUAUAACUGAUACAAUAGCAGAAUAUCAGGGUGGACUUGGAUUCGUAAUUCCUUUAUACAGAGAUAGAUUCAGUUUGGAAGACACAACGCUAGUGCUUGCUAACACCAGCCGAAGCGAAAGUGGCACGUAUCAAUAUUUAUACCAGCCCGUUUUAAGUUCCUUCGCUACACCUGUGACUGAAGGUGGCACCGUUGAGAUGUCAUGUUUUGCAGAUGCUAACCCAUCACCUACGUACACAUUUUUAAGGGAUGGUGAGGUACAGCAAUCAGGGGGUUCAUCUACAUUCACGGUUCAAUCAGUGAGUCGUGACAAUGAUGGCAGUUAUGAGUGCAGGGCCAGUAACAAUGCCGACACUGAAACAAGUGAAAGUAGAACUCUGGUAAUAUAUUAUGCUCCAGAAAUCUCACAAUCAAAGACGUCAAAUAUAGAAGUUUCAACUGGAGACACUGUUUCGAUUAGAUUUAAUGUUGUUGCCAAGCCAACUGCUAACUAUGUAUGGAAAACAACGCCAGCAACAACAGACACUGAUAAGGACCCUGAAACAUAUACAUUUGCUGUGUCUGACAACAUUGGUGAGACUUAUACUGUAACAGUGAAUGUAAGCAACAAGGUCGGAGCAGGUCAGUCAUCUGUAAGAGUAACAGUUGUUGUACCACAGAAAUAUUCAAGUUUAGAAACUGGUCUUGUUGUUGGAAUGACGUUUCUUGGUAUCUUCAUCGGCAUCCUUUUGUCUUUAUCUGCAUUCCUCAUCCACGGAAAAAUAAGGGCUUCAAAGGCACAGGAAAGCAAAGUAACCUCCUGCAAUAUGGAUCAACAGGCGCUGUUGAGCAGCCAACGAGAAGUUCGCAAAUACAAAACCAAACAACUGUGUUCGUGUAUAGGUCUAUUUAUACCGAUGAUCAUGUUUCAAAGUAAUGCAGUUUCCUGUACAGUGGGUAUCGUCAUUUUUAAUGUGUUUAUCUGCACAUGCUAUGCUGUGACUGUAACUGUUGAUGACAUUGGAGAUGUAGUUGAAGGCUCUGAAACCAGAAUAACAUGCAAUUUCGUGCGAAGUAAUUCAAGUAGUGUACUUAUUCCUUUCGUAACCUGGAAUAAUGUCACAAAUGGAGUAAAUGAAAUAAUAGCACAAUAUCAGGGUGGAGUUGGAUAUGUACAGCCUUCAUACAGAGGUAAAUUCACUGUUGAAAGAGACACAACAUUAGUAAUUGCUGACACUCUCAGGAAUGAUAGCGGCACGUUUCAAUGUAUUGUGGUUAUUUUUGAUGAUCCACCUAUACGUGCAUCUGAUGACGUUAUAUUGAGUGUUAUAUAUUUAUACCCGCCUGAAUUAAGUUCCUUUACUACACCUGUGACUGAAGGUGAUACCAUGGAGAUGUCAUGUUCAGCAGAUGCUAAUCCGCCACCUACGUACACAUAUUUAAAGGAUGGUGAAGUACAACAAUCAGGGGAUUCAUCUAUAUUCACAUUUCAAUCAGUGAGUCGCGACAAUGACGGCAGUUAUGAGUGCAGGGCAAGUAACAAUGUUAGCACUGAAACAAGCGAAAGUAGAACGCUGGUGGUAUAUUAUGCUCCUGAAAUCCCACCUUCAAAUAUGGAAGUUUUACCUGGAGACAAUGUUACGAUUAGAUUUCAUGUUGUUGCCAGCCCAACUGCUAACUAUGUAUGGACAACAACGCCAGCAACAACAGACAUUGAUAACGACCCAGAAACAUACACAUUUACUGUGUCCGACAACAUUGGUCAGACUUAUAUUGCAACACUUAACGUAAGUAAUGAGGUCGGAGCAAGUCAGUCGUCAGUAAAGUUAACAGUUGUUGCAUUAGUACCAACAUCGACAUCUGUAGCAUUUACUUGUGCCACAGCAUUGCCGAAAUGUUCAAGCCUAGAUACGAGUCUUGUUGUUGGAAUGAUGGUUCUAGUUUUUUUCAUCGGAAUCCUUUUGUCUUCAUCUGCAUUUGUCCUUCACGGAAAGAUAGUGAAUUCAAAGGCACAGGAAACCGAAACAACCUCUAAAAACGUGAAACCACCGGCGGCAUAUUUGUCGUAUAGAGUUGAGCCGACUGCAGAGAACAAGACAUAUGCAGAUCUACAGUGGAUUAAUGACAACCCAGUUGUUUAUGUAAAUGUAGAACCAAAAAAAGAGUAUACUUAGAAUUAAUUAUUUUUGUUUAGCACUGAACGGAUCAAAUAAUCUAUAAUAGACGAGUUAGUCACAUAAUAGUCACAACAAGAGAACCAUUGUCAUCGAUGAAAUACGGGAUACUAUGUGGAAAUUAUAGGCCUAUCACUUCGUGGGAAAUACCGAAGAUCAGUAUCCAAAGGAAGCAAUGUGUAUAAUAUUCCGAGGUCAGGUAUAUGACGAUCUAAAGCAUUAUAGGCCUACUCAUUUUUUUUUUAAAAGAAAGUUUGUGCUUGCAUCUGCUUUUUUCACAUUCUUGGUGAGUUUCUCAAACAGUCUAAGGCCUGCUUAUCAAUCUUUUUUAGGUGGCGACCCACUUUUAGAAUGCUCAUUUUGUUGCCACCCAAAACAUAUUGUCAUGUUAUCUGUUGACUACCUAGGCCCACAACCUCGACUCAAUCGAACGCAAAGUAGCGGUGAAAAAUUGUUUCGAUAUUUAUUUUAGUUAACAAAGUACACAAGACUUUUGAUAUUGUGUUGCUGAAUGUUCAAUUUCAUAAUAUGGCGGAAUGACUGAUCCAGAGGUGUGAAAUACAGGGCCCCGGAAAGUACUUUCACAUCAGAAAUAUGGUAUGAAUACCACCUCAGCCCCACCAUGACUAGGGGUGAGGUAAGAUAAUUUAUGAUUAAGGCACCUCUAGAUGGCCGGAAAUGACACUCUAAAUUUAAAUUUUAAUAUAAUUUCUUUAUAAUAAAAAAAAAAUUAGGUGGGAGGGUGACGGCUAGGUACCUAUCGAACCCGCCAUUGUGGAGAAUAUUUGUUACACUCAUAAUGUUGAAAUGUUUAAAGCAAUGACGAUUUUUUUGACUAGUGUAGAGUCGACCAGGGCGAUGCUGACUAGGCAAAUAUAAAUUUUAAAAAAAGGAUUGUACGUCUCUACUCCUAAAAAUGCUCAAACGAAUUGAAAAAGCAAAGAAGCAACUAAUCAUUUUAAACAUUAUAUUUAUUAACUGGUACGUCUUAUUAUUGUGAGGUAUAUUCCUGCUUAAUUUCAAUUAUCUUCCUUGGAGAGAUUGGCGACAGUGCAAUCUUGAGAGUUGAUUCUAGGUUUUGAGUUGAAAAUAAUUUCUAGCUUUCGUCUUCGUCGAUACUACACCUGACUGGGAGUCCUUUGUGGGACUGGCCGCUAUGCAGCAGUGUUUUCCACUAUGUUUUCGAGAUGACUAUCUAUCUAUAAAAUCGAUUAAAUAAACCCAUAAAUUGUCAUAUUUUUCGGGGGCCACCCCAGCAUAUUUUCCCCCUAAAAUUUUACCUUGCCACGCCCCCCCCCCGCCCCCAGAUUUCAGACGCUGGCGCCGCCACUGGUUAAUAAACAGGGGUAAGGUAUAAUAUAAAGACGGAUUUCAAAGCAACAAAAAUACUUUUAAUAGCAUCAGACACCUUCAAUGUCAAAAAACAAAUGAAGUAUCGUGAGGUUUAUGAUGAUAUUUUUGCUUAUAGCCUAGGCACGUUAAAUUUAAUUUUAAAUAGGUACCGUAUGUAAAUGCAUACUAGCUUCGUAAUUUGUUUGUGUGCACGUUAAAGUUACCUUAUUAUAAUAUUUUAUUUUGUCUUCAUAUUACUUUCUGUUCUAAAGUUUGGUUGCAUUGCACAUCACUUUAGACUGACCAGUACAGUCACAAACCGACUAGACUGUUUGAAAAACUCAGCAAGAAUGUGACCUAGACAUUAAAAAAAAAAACAUAUGACGCCGACUGUCGGUUGAUAACGAAAGGCGAAUCCAUCCCCACAUGUGUGAACGCAAAACAAUACGUAUUUGCGGUCCUCUUGGUAUCGCGUCAGCCAAAAAUAAAAUUAUGUG